CUUUUUUAACCAAAACCUAAUUCACAUUUUACUUCUCAACCUAAACUUUAAACCAAAACAAGGAGGUUCACCGUGUCAGAGCAAGUUUGGUUAACAUGAGGUCCAGCAGUCUUUAGAAAGGAGAAUUAGGCCACAGAUGGUACUGAAGAGGAAACUAAAACACACACACACACACACGCACACACACCUAGGGAGAAUUUAUACAGACCAAUUUACUUAACGUGUUUCUGGACUGUGGGAGGAAACCAGAGAACUGGAGAGAACCCAGCAUGCACAGGGAGAACAUGCAGACUCCAUGCAGAAAGACCCUGGGAAUCGAACCCAGAACCUUCUUGCUGCAAGGCAACAGCUCUACCAUCUGCACCACUGUUCAGGCCUCAGGAGUUUAAUAUGGAAUAUAUUUAAUUUAAUUUGUUUGGAUUUUUGUGAACAAGACAAUUAUGAUCACUUUGAUUGCAACAGUUGAUCUGUUGCCAUGGCGACUGAUGAUAGACCAAUAACUAUCAGCAAUGCAUCAUGAAGAGAGAGAGCAGCAGAGCUGCGUUAAGGAAGAGGGCGGUCUCUCUUUACUCUGAGUCUCCAGUCAGACACGAAAAACGUCAAAUGAAGGAGAGAAACCAUGAAGGAAACACAGCAGAGUCUGCUGCUCUGUCUGAGUUUCCUGUUGGGCUGCAGAAUAAACCGAGUCCUCCCAGUUCCUCUGACUGUGAGUCCCAGCAGAUCUCAGUUCUUUAGAGGAGAAUCAGUGACUCUGAUCUGUGAGGAUGAAAACAGAUCUGAUGGAUGGACUGUGAGGAGAAACACAAGCAGAGAAACCAGGACUGAGUGUGGAGAUAAAUGGUGGAGAAAAAAUGGAUCUACCUGUAAAACCAGCAGCAUCAGAGAACAUGAUACUGGUCUGUACUGGUGUGAGUCCAUGUCUGGAUCCUCCAGCAGCAGCAGCAGCAUCCAGCUCUCUGUCUCUGGUGGAUCAGUGAUCCUGCAGAGUCCUGUCCUCCCUGUGAUGGAGGGAGAUGACGUCACUCUGAGCUGCAGAGCAAAGAAUCCAACCCACAACCUCCCAGUUGCUUUCUAUAAAGAUGGCUCCUUCAUUGGUGAUGGACCAUCAGGUCACAUGACCCUCCUCCAUGUUUCCAGCUCUGAUGAAGGCCUCUAUAAAUGUAACAUCAGCCGUCAUGGAGAGUCUCCAUCCAGCAGGAUCUCUGUCAAAGAAAAACCAACAACCACUUCUUGUCCUCCACCUACUCCAUCACCUCCAUCAUCAUCAUCACCUUCCUCCCAGUCUGAUCUCUACAUUUCUCUAUCAUGUGUGAUUGUUGUGAUUUUCCUGCUGGUACUGGUGUUACUGGUUCUACUGGUGAAGAGACGUCGUCACAAAACAAAAGCUGAUAAAGGAGACGACGUCACAUACAGCGACGUCCAGAUAACUCAGCUUCAUCAGCAGAGAGCCAAAGAGAGUCCUUCAUCUGCCAUCUACUCAGACGUGAGAACAGACGGGAUCAGUUAUGGAGAAAUCAACAUCAGAACCAACAGAACCAGAGAUGUUCGACUAGAUACAAACAUCAUCUACUCUUCACUGAGGUAGUCCACCAGUCUGACCUCUGACCUCCAGCUGCUGCUUCACCUCUUUAUUUCACAUUUAGUUGUUUUAUUGCUUUGGCCCAACAUCAUCUGACUUUAACAUCGUUUCUGUCUGGAUGUUUAAUCAAAUGUUUCUUUCACACAGUUCGUUCUGCAGUGAACUAUUAAAGUUUUCAUUUGGUCUCGGCUGUUUCUACGUCGUUGAUCGUUCUGGUUUCUGUGGCUUCAGAGCCGAUAGAUUAGAAAUGUUUUCCUGUUUGCUCAUUUCUGAUCUGUACAAACAACCAAUAAACCACAGAGUGAAAAAGGCUUCAGUGGAAACUUUCAGAAAA